ACCAGCCCCACGGGCCUCUGUUCCGCAUUCAUGCCCCAUGCAUCCCCUCUGGGAGCCGGGUGUUCACAGGCUGGUGGGCCCAGGCAUGUCCUCUGGGUGACCCACAGGUGUCCCUUGCGCCUCACCACCCUGGCGCCCUCGAUUCGGGUGAGCUGCACAGGCUCCUGCAGGGUCUCCACCAAGGCCAACGACACAGCGUGGGUGACGGAGGAGGGCUACGUCAACAGCGCUCUGUCGCUGGCUGACAAAGGGAGCCUGCCUACUGGAGAGCACAGCUUCCCCUUCCAGUUCCUGCUUCCUGCCACGGCACCCACGUCUUUCGAGGGCCCCUUUGGGAAGAUCGUGUACCAGGUGCGGGCCACCAUCGACACGCCGCGCUUUGCCAAGGAUCACCAGUGCAGCUGUGUGUUCUACAUCCUGAGCCCCCUGAACCUAAACAGCAUCCCGGACAUCGAGCAACCCAAUGUGGCCUCCACCACCAAGAAGUUCUCCUACAAGCUGGUGAAGACGGGCAGCGUGGUGCUCACCGCCAGCACCGACCUCCGCGGCUACGUGGUGGGGCAGGUGCUGCGGCUGCAGGCCGACAUCGAUAACCAGUCGGGCAAGGACACCGGCCCGGUGGUGGCCAGUCUGCUGCAGAAAGUGUCCUAUAAGGCCAAGCGCUGGAUCUAUGACGUGCGGGCCAUCGCGGAUGUGGAGGGUGCCGGAGUCAAGGCCUGGAGGCGGACGCAGUGGCAGGAGCAGAUCCUGGUGCCCGCCCUGCCCCAGUCGGCCCUGCCGGGCUGCAGCCUCAUCCACGUAGACUACUACCUGCAGGUACUGGGAUCAGCCCUGAUCGCCGGCACCCUACCCGUGCAGAAUUUCGUGCACCGGGCCUCUAGUAAAGUAUUCCUGUGGGAAAGGAGAUACGGAUUCUGGAAGAGGAAGAGGAGGGGCUGUGUCUUGCCAGGCAGGCAGUCUGAGGUGUGGACCACAGUGUGCACAGCCACCAAGUGGAACUUCUUUAAGAGUCAGAGGCAGUUCCACUCCAGCUUGCUGCUUGCACAGUCUCAGCUGCAGACCUGGAAGCUCCUGAGUGGACUCUGCCCGGCCCGUCUGGAGUGGGCGGCGCCCCUCGCCGAGUCCUGGCUGCCUGCACCGCUCACCAGGCAGCUGAUGGGCAUUGGGUUGCUGCACUGCUUGUCUCCUGUGCAUGCGGCUGCUGUGACGUCAGCAAAGCUUGGUGUGGACCUCUGCGUUCAUUCUCUGGGUGUGCCCCUGGCAGUGGGAUUGCCAGGUCAGGACAGCCCCGCGCAGAACUGUUCCCCAGGUGACCGCACCAUCGGCAUCGCCACCAGCAGGCCGUGCGCCCAGCUCCCCGCACCCUUGCAGCCCUCACGCUGGCUCUGGCUGCCGCAGCCUUCCUGA